AUGCUGACCGCCGUGUGCGGCUCCCUGGCCAGCCAGCACACGGACGCGCCCCGGGCCUCGCCGCCGCGCCUGGACCUGCAGCCCCUGCAGACCUACCAGGGCCACACCAGCCCGGAGGCGGGGGACUUCCCGUCGCCGCUGCAGGCCGGCGAGCUGCAGGGGCUCCCGCUGGGGCCCGAGGCGGACUUCUCCCAGGGCUAUGAGCUGGCCGGCGGCGGCGCCCCGCGGGUGACCUGCGAGGACCUGGAGGGCGACGGCCCCCUGGCCCCGGGCCCCUUCUCCAAGCUCCUGCAGCCCGACAUGGCCCACCACUACGAGCCCUGGUUCCGGCCCUCCCACCCGGGCGAGGACGGCUCCUGGUGGGACCUCCACGCCGGCUCCGGCUGGAUGGACCUGUCCCACGCCCCGGGGGCCCUGCCGGCCGCCGCCCACCCGGGGGCCCUGCAGCCGGGCCUGGGCGGCUACGUGGCCGACCACCAGCUCUGCGCGCCCUCGCCCGCACGCCACCACCUGCUGCCGGGCCCGGGGUCGCACCUGCAGCUGGGGCCGCCCCCGGACGGGCCGGCCAAGCCCCCGGAGGCGGCCGGCCCGGACCCCCACGGGCCGGACGGGGCGGGGGCGGGGGCGGGGGCCCCGGACGGGGCGGCCCGGCCCAAGGGCUCCCGGCGCUCGGUGCCCCGCGGCUCGGGUCAGGCCGUGUGCCGCUGCCCCAACUGCCUGGAGGCCGAGCGGCUGGGGCCGGCGUGCGGGCCCGAGGCGGCCAAGAAGAAGCACCUGCACAACUGUCACAUCCCGGGCUGCGGCAAGGCCUACGCCAAGACGUCGCACCUGAAGGCCCACCUGCGCUGGCACAGCGGCGACCGGCCCUUCGUCUGCAACUGGCUGUUCUGCGGCAAGCGCUUCACCCGCUCCGACGAGCUGCAACGCCACCUGCAGACCCACACGGGCACCAAGAAGUUCCCCUGCGCCGUCUGCAGCCGCGUCUUCAUGCGCAGCGACCACCUGGCCAAGCACAUGAAGACCCACGACGGCGCCCGGGAGGACCAGGCCCCCAACGACGGCAAGCCCGCCCCCGCCCCCGCCGAGCCCCCCGCCGGCCAGGGCAAGCGGGAGGCCGACGGCGGAGGGGGCAGCCCCCGGCCCAACUGA